AUUCUCCUUUCCCCAUGAAUAAGCUGUUGUUGGUCGCAAUCCCGACGGCGACGCUACUGGUCUUGUACCUCCAGUCGCAGUCAGCCUUCGAGGUCUACAAGUCAUACAACAAACUGACCUCGUCGACGUUCACCGAGCACCCGACCUUCAAGAAAAGCUGUUAUGCCUACGAGAACCUCACCGCCAAUAACACCUGUUGCAAGAUGAAGAAAUACGCGGGGAGUGAUGUACUGAAAUGCGCAAGAGAAUUAAACGCCGAGAAAAUAUUACGUUACCGAAACUCCUUUCCGCCUUCCCAAAAUUUCACGGAGACUGGAAUAGUACACAUUGCCCUCGUGGGAGACUCUCACAUGAGGGAACUGUUCGUCGCAAUGGCCGGGCGUGUUGCUGGGAAAGGAUCUUAUAUACCAGAUUGAAGCGCAAAAUAUCUCCUGGCAAAGUGUAGGAUCGUUGUUUGACGUGAUGAGACCGAGAGUCAACAAGUUUGCAACUUUAAAUGCACGACACUUGGGCGUUCCCUUGCAACUGACUUGGUAUAAGGAUCUGGAGCUCAAGAAUUUCGUCAAGUUAACAACGAUGUGGGAGAAAGGUGAAGAGAUCAAACCUACAUUCGUUAUUACAGGCUUUGGUCUCCACUGGAUGAAGAACCGUCCUCUUCCCGUGGGAUUUCAUUACAGAAAUUUCUUCACUAACCUAGUACCUCACCUCUCACGCCUCGCCUCGACGGUUCCUGUUUUCUUCAAACUGGUUGAUUAUGUUAUUUUAGCAAUGCGCCGAAAGAACACGUCUACUGGCAUAAACUUUCAGGCCACCGAGAUGUACAACGACAUCGCACGGCAGCUAUUGCAAGGAACGGGCGUGGUCCUAUGGGAUUCAACGCUACCGCUCUCGGUCAUCUACGCCAAUGAAUGUAUGAAGACAAGGAGACUCACGCCCAUAACCUACGACUGGAAAUGUCACGACGUCAACCACCUCGGAUACAUUAUGCUGGAGCAGUAUGCUGAUAUGGUGUACAAUGGGAUCUGUAAUAGAUAUCUGGAUCUAAGUGAUGAGUAUUGUAAUGUUAAUGGGUAAAAAGAUGAUUCAUGUAAAA